AUGGCGACUGCAGACGAAACACCAUCUGCGCCAAUCGUUCCCCCUGCAGCAAAGGUCGCCAGCGCCAAGCCUCCAAGGGCGUGGAGCCCUAGGCAAGACGGUGAUCCCCGCAGAAUGGCGGCCGUUUCGGUCGAGCUAAAGGCCGCGGCCCUAGAGGGAGCAGAUGAAAGCAUCAUCGAUGUCUACCACGGGAGGGCCUCCCUUUUUCGACCAACGGUUUGUCCUUUCUCAUGGAAUUCCAUAAGGACCACUCGGCCAUCGACCUAUACGGCAUGA